AGCUCUCGCGGAUUGAUCACGUGUUUCAGUGACAGAUUAUACUGUAAACAAUUAAUCGAGGGUUUUAUUCGAAUAUACUGUGAUGAAAUUAUUCAUCCGUCAAUUAGAUAGUCUAUCUAGAUAGCUAGUCUAUUUACAUAGCUAUCUAAAUGUCCUCGUAGCUUAAUCGGUGUUUAGAAAAAAACAUGUAUAGGGAAUGGCACUGAAAGCAAGGCCUGUAAAUAGGCUAACUCUAGCUAGCUGGCUACCUACUUGAACAAAUCUGUUGAGAACAUUGCGGAGCUAUCUUCCUCCUAGCUAGCCUCGAGGUUUGUAGCUGGCUAGCUCGUUAGAUAUUAGCUAAAGUUACUAGUAGUAUCCUGGCAUUUAAGCUGGUAGAUAGCUGGUACCCUGGCAGACGGACAGUGUUUGAGCGAGCUAGCCAUGACUAUGCAAGGAGAAACAACGGCAUUACGAAUCUCCGACAGUGAAGGCAAGCUUGAUGUCCUUACUCAGAACAGGACUCCGAGUUCUGGGAGAGCUAGUUCGAAAGGCUGGCAGUACAGUGACCACAUGGAAAACAUCGAUGGCUACUUGAUGAAAUACACCAAUCUGGUUACAGGAUGGCAAUACAGGUUCUUUGUGUUGAACAAUGAGGCUGGGUUACUGGAGUACUUUGUCAAUGAACAGUCCAGGCCCCAGAAGCCUCGCGGGACUCUCCCGCUGGCCGGGGCCGUCAUAUCCCCGAGCGAUGAGGACUCCCACACCUUCACCGUCAACGCCAUCAGUGGAGAACAGUACAAACUCAGGGCCACAGACGCCAAAGAGAGACAGCACUGGGUGAGCAGACUGCAGAUCUGCACACAGCACCACACAGAGGCCAUGGGGAAGAGCAACCCUCCUCCCAAGUCUCGCAGCUACUCCACGGUGUCCCAGGGCAGCGGGAGCUCCCCUCUGUCCCAGCGCCGGCCCAGUCACAACGCCGCCUCCGUCUUCAGCAUAUCCCAGCUCCACAAGGGCUCCUCUCUCUACUCCAGCAGGAGGUCACUGCUGCCUGACCACCUGAUGGACGCCAGGGAGAUGAUGGUGCAGGCCCAGGGGCAGCACAGGGACCUGAUCCAGGGCAUCGAGGGCCUGCCCCCGGCCCCGGGGCCCUCCCUGUCCCCCCUGGACCAGGACCUGCUCAUGCUAAAAGCCACCUCCAUGGCCACCAUGAACUGCCUCAACGACUGUCUCCACAUCCUCCAGCUGCAGCAGGUGGCCCGGCAGGCUAGCUCUCUGGGAGGCCCCACCAUCGAGUGGCUGGAGCCCCAGCUGCCUGAGCUGCUGAACAACGGGGGCGGCCUGGCGGGGUUCCCCCCCGGGGACCAGGCAGACCUGGAGGGCAGCCGUCUGGACCUCACCAGCACCGAGUCCUGCAGCUUCUCUGGGCAGGAGGACAUAGACGAGGAGGAGGAGGCGGAGGACUCGUUCUCGGACAAGGAGGAGGACCUGGGGGUGGUGGAGGAGGAACGCAGUGUCAUCCUACACCUGCUGUCACAGCUCAAGCUGGGGAUGGACCUCACACGGGUGGUUCUUCCCACCUUCAUCCUGGAGAAGCGCUCUCUGCUGGAGAUGUACGCCGACUUCAUGUCCCACCCGGACAUCUUCGUGGCCGUCACCGACGGCGACAGCCCCGAGGAGCGCAUGGUUCGCUUUGUGGAGUAUUACCUCACCUCCUUCCACGAGGGCCGCAAGGGAGCCAUCGCCAAGAAGCCCUACAACCCCAUCAUCGGGGAGAGCUUCCACUGCUCCUGGAGGGUGCCCAGGACCAAGGAGGCCCAGCAGGAAGGCCCCCCCGCCCAGGGCUGCCCGCCCGCCCGGGGAAGCCCCACCCAGGGCUGCCCCCCAGACUGCUACCAGGUGCGCUUUACGGCCGAGCAGGUGUCCCAUCACCCGCCGGUGUCGGGCUUCUACGCAGAGUGUCAGGAGAGGAGGAUGUGCGUGAACACACACGUGUGGACCAAGAGCAAGUUCAUGGGCAUGUCCAUUGGGGUCACCAUGAUAGGAGAAGGCUGCCUGCACCUGUUGGAGCAUGAUGAGGAGUACGUGUUCACCCUGCCGUGCGCCUACGCCCGCUCCAUCCUCACCGUGCCCUGGGUGGAGCUGGGGGGCAAGGUCAACGUCACCUGCCCCAAGACGGGCUACUCAGCCAUCAUCACCUUCCAGACCAAGCCCUUCUACGGAGGCAAGCUGCACAAGGUGACCGCGGAGGUGAAGCACAACACCACCAACGCGGUGGUGUGCCGUGUGCAGGGAGAGUGGAACGGAGUCCUGGAGUUCUCCUACGGCAACGGUGACACGCGCAUGGUGGACGUCACCAGGCUGCCCGUCACCAAGAAGCGGGUCCGGCCCACCGACAAGCAAGGACCAAACGAAUCAAGGCGGCUGUGGCAGCAUGUGACCGAGGCCUUGCGUCAGAAGGACAUCGACAAGGCCACGGAACACAAGCGCCUGCUGGAGGAGAGGCAGAGGACGGAGGAGAGGCACCGCGGAGAGACGGAGACCGCCUGGAGGACCAGAUACUUUGACAGCGAGGGUGAAGGCUGGGUGUAUCACAAACCACUGUGGAAAAACACAGCCCUCAAAUCUUAGUCCCGGCAGCCAGGCGGACAAUCCGACGGAUGGACCCACGCCCGCCUCCCCCUCUCCCGGGGUGUGUGUGCGCGCGCGCGUGUGUGUGCAUAUUUGCUGGUUAGCAUUCUGUAGUGGUUGAGACAAAGAAUGACCUCCACGUCCACACACCUACGUGAAGUGGAGACGAUACCAGACAGGCGUGAUAUCUCUCUCGCACACACGCACAUGCACACACGCGUGCACACCAAGCGAGAGGCUCUGGAGGUGCAAGCUUUCGUACCCUGAAUCACCUUUUGUAUAAUCAACCAUACGAAUGAGGACAUAUUCCUGUACAGAUUAAUGUAUCUACGCAGCCUUAACAUUGUCAGAUGAGUGAAACUCGUGUUGGCUUCUACUGAAGUCAUGAAAGGGAGGUUUUUGGGGUAGAGGGCAGGGGGGGGUUAUUUACAGUUUAUUUACCUCGUCCCAAGUAUGUCACUGUUAUAGAAGGGAAUUUAGGCCAGACGUUCUCUGGAAAACCUGUGUUAUCGACAGAGCGAGGCCUGAUGUAGCCACAUUCCCUUAUUUGGUGAUAUCUCAGCUUGCUGUGAGCAUGAGGAGACACAGAAUGAUGCUGAAAAAGGUUGUUUUUCGACCACACGCAGUGUUUUCGUGUGUGUGGGUGUGUUGGUGUGGAUGUGUGUAGGGAAAAUGCGUGACAUCUAUGGAAUGAGUUUGGCCAUAGUGGCAUGCUGCAUACAAGUCAACUGAUCUUAUGUUCUUUAAAUAUUCCCCAGAAAGUUACUGCAGUUAUUGUCUGUGAUGUUUGUGAUUUGUGCACAAGAACAAAUGAAUGUCCUUCUAGUGGAUUUGGAUACUUGCUCUGAAUUGACCUCCUGCUUGACGACUGAUAGAAACACACUUAUAUGCAUGACGGACAAGGCAUUUCUGUUCACCUUGUACUCUGCAAGAAGCUGUUGUCAGCAUUCACAUUUGUUAUCAUUAUGAUUAAAAGCUUUUAACCAAAAUAAGCUGUUUUUCCCCCCUCUGAUGCAUAGAUUUUUUUUUCUUGUGCAAAUAAUGUUUAUUGGCUGAUGGACUUUUUUUUUUUUUCUUGUGUCCAUAUCAUCCAGUCUACCUAAAAUGUAUUCAUAGCUUGCGUCUCGGGUUUAUAAUACAUACAUAAUCAACCAGAAUGAGGAGCAGAGAGAACAGACUCUUUAUUCAAUCAAUGUUUCAGUCAAUGUUUAACUUUUGCAUUGAUGAGCGAUCCUCCACAAUGUGGUGCCUUACUAAGCAGUAUCCACCUGUUUGUCUUCCAGUGUCAAUAUUACUCCGCGUUCCCAAAUCACAGCUAACAGUCUUAAUCCAUUAGUUGUAUCCCUUUCACUCGCAUCCUGUAUAUAAAUCAUGUGAAUUAUGCCAGGCAAGUAAAUGUUUUUUUAGGGGUAUUUAUGUUAGGCUACUCUUUUGAAGAGAGAUGUUUGUGUGUUUUCAUGUGUGGAAACAGAACCCCAAAUGCUAGUUCAUCAUAUCCUGUUGACUUGGUCAUCUCAUUGUUUUGCUGACCUGUGAAAUGCACUGACGUUGAAGGUAACACGACACUUGUAGUCUUAUAUAUGUGUGAUGAUAAUGAACGAUACAAUAAAUUGCCUAUCGAUUAUG